GUAGGCUGUUGUAUGGUCUAACAAGAAAGACUUUCGAGUGACGAAAGGAAAUCAAGGCUUCCUGCAACAAUGAGCGAAGAUCCUAAGCUCUACACCAACAAACCCAAGAAAGCACAGCUGAAACAGUUUCAAGAUCAACAUAAAGGGAAAGACUUUUCUUCACCACCACCAUCAUCAUCGACAAUGGCGACUCAAUCUCCAUCUCCGCCACCUCAGCCCCCAAAGGAGUCAUUUGCUCGGCGUUACAAGUUUCUUUGGCCUCUGCUCUUGACUGUCAAUCUGGGCGUUGGAGCUUACCUGUUCAUGCGGACGAAAAAGAAAGACACAGAUGUAGAGGAAGAAGUAACUACUACAGUUUCGACAACAACUCAAACAACUCCUACUACUACAGAGAAACCCCUGCCCCUUUCAGCCAUCACAGAGCCUGUGAAAUUGCGAGAACCAAUCCCAGAGGAUCAACAGCGCGAACUUUUCAAGUGGAUACUGGAAGAGAAAAGAAAGGUUAAGCCAAAAGACCCUGAAGAGAAGAAGCGCAUUGAUGAGGAGAAAGCCAUUCUUAAACAGUUUAUCCGGGCAAAAUCUCUUCCAAGAAUCUAACUCUACUAACAGGAAAAAGCCAUUUCUCCUCAUUCUAUUGAUAUCCUGUAUUUCCUUUUGAUUGUCUCUAUCUCUAUAGCGGAUUGUGUCUGCACAAAUUUAGUCAUCAUUGUCAAUUGAAGGAAGUUCUGAAAUUCAUCGUUGUUCCAUAUCAUACAAGUAUAUUGUUCAUUUUGAAUCAGUGAAUAUGUGGUGCUUUGGACCUGGAAUAAGUAUGUUGGUCUUGUCAA